CACCUCCAUCAGCAGGAGGAUGGGGGCUGGUGUUGUAGAUAAAGUGAAGCCUCCAGAUGGAGGCUGGGGCUGGAUCGUGCUUCUUGGGGGUUUCGUCAUCACAGGCUUCUCCUAUGCCUUUCCUAAAGCCAUAAGUGUGUACUUUAAGGAACUGAUGCGAGACUUUGGGUGUGGCUACAGCGACACGGCAUGGAUUUCCUCCAUCAUGCUGGCCAUGCUGUAUGGCUCAGGCCCAGUUUCUAGUAUUAUGGUGAACAGGUAUGGCUGUCGUCCAGUCAUGCUCUUUGGGGGACUGUUGGCAUCAGCUGGGAUGAUUGGGGCUUCUUUUACCACCAACAUCAUUCAACUUUACCUCACAGCUGGGGUAAUCACAGGUCUUGGCCUGGCUCUGAAUUUCCAGCCCUCUUUAAUUAUGCUUGGAUGCUAUUUUGAUAAGCGCAGGCCUCUGGCCAACGGACUGGCUGCUGCUGGGAGUCCAGUCUUUCUAUCAGUUCUCUCUCCACUAGGACAAGUACUGCUGGAACGCUAUGGCUGGAGAGGUGGCUUCCUCAUCAUGGGCGGCUUGCUGCUUAACUGCUGCACCUGUGGAGCUGUUAUGAGACCACUGAGAUGCAGAGUUAGGACAACUGCAGCCAGGGGUGAGGCGAAUGCUCUAGAGCUGAAAGAGAUGCUCCCAUCAAAACCUGGCCAGGAGAACAGCAAUGUAAAUACUAAAGCUAAUAAGGAAAACAACAAGAAAAAGAAGCUCCUUGAUUUCAGUGUGCUUCGUGAUAAGGGACUUGUAAUUUAUAUUAUUGCCAAAUUCAUAGUCGUCCUUGGUUUGUUUGUUCCAACAAUUCUCUUGGUCAACUAUGCCAAAGACCAAGGUAUUCCCGACAAGGAUGCAGCCUUUUUGCUUUCCAUUAUUGGAUUCAUUGAUAUUUUUGCUCGCCCAACAUGUGGCAUAGUGGCAGGCCUAAAAUGGGUAAGGCCCAAGAUGCCCUAUUUCUUCAGCAUAGCCUUACUUUUUAAUGGCCUUACAGAUGUUUGCUCAGCCAGAAGUACAGACUACAAAGGACUGGUUAUCUUCUGUGUGUUCUUUGGGCUUUCAUAUGGUAUGGUGGGAGCUCUGCAGUUUGAAGUGCUGAUGGGUAUUACAGGAACUGACACUUUUUCCAGCGCCCUGGGACUGGUGCUUCUUUUUGAGGCAGUGGCAGUACUCAUUGGACCUCCUUCUGCUGGGCGUUUAGUGGAUGCUUACAAGAACUAUGAGCUGAUUUUCUAUAUGGCUGGAGGAGAGCUGAUCACGGCUGGCAUAUUCCUUACUGUAGCAUCAUAUCGCUGCCUCAAGCGACGAAGGAAUAAGGACACAGGCUUGGGAGAAGACUCUGAUAUUGAGAGCAACCAUACUGAACAUAACCAUAAUAGCCAUGAAUCCAACUGUGCCAUAAAAGAUAAUGAAAGAUAGAGGUGUAAGAUUACAACGUGCACAAUGUAAAUUGAUGGGAAAUUUAGUUCAGUUAUUCAGAUAUAAAAGUGUAAGUGGUUGUUUUUACAUUUAAAUCAAUAUGUUUUUUAAACUUUAUUGUGGUAAUUAUCAUGUCUAGACAGCUAGUAGUGUAUAUCUAAGUAGUCAGCUACUUAAGUUGCAAAUCCUAAGUCCCUAAUCCUAAGUUGCAAAACCUACGCGUUCCAUUUAUCACGGAAGUUGGAGGUCACCUCUCGGAAUUACACAAUUACAAAGUUACACUAUGUUGAAGGCAUUCCAGUCUUGUUGACACUGUUUAUGGUAAAUCGAGGUUAGCGCUGUUGGGGAUACUAGUUGGUAACAAAGCAUUAUACAGUAUAUUGUGUGUUCGGCAUAUUCACAGAUAGUAGCUGGACAGUACUGUGUGUAUGACCGGACUAAUGACACACAAAUAGAUAAUAAUAAUAAUAAACUGUACAACACCACAAUAUUAAUUUUACUACUGGUGCAGCCAUUUUGGAUACUGAAGUUCCCACUCAAACUUGAAAAUUCUGUCAUCUGAGUUUAACAUUAGAUAUGUUUUAGUAAUUCAAUGUUACUUAUGUCUAAUUAUAAAUGAGAAUAAUUAUUCUCUUUUGUUGCAGAUCAAUAACUAUUUUAUGCAGGUACCUCCUCCUAAAACCCCAGAUUUUGCUUUUUAU